AUACGGCGUCGUUUUGGGGUGUGCGACUAUUGUCCCUUCUCUUCGUUUCGUCGGUUACUAAAAUACACCAAUUGCCUCUCUCUUUCCCUUUCUUCUUCUUCUCCGUCUUCUUCACACUGAGUUGACUGAGUCUUCGUAACUCGCUCUCUACUGUCUCAGCUACUCAUCGCAUUCUCUGCAUUUAUCCUCCGAUCACAUUUUCUCUCUCUUCGUUCGACUAUAGCUGACAGGGAUGUCGGAGAAAGCUCUUAGGGAUCUCAAUACAAUUCUUGGAACUGAAAGGAAGAAUGAGGACUCCAGUAAGGCAUGUUUAUCCAAGCCUUCUGUUGACAAUGCUGUUGAAAAUAUUGAAGAAUGGCAAAAGAAAAAUAAUAGUUCCUCCUUGGUUUCUCCAGCUGUUAAUGGAAAUCUGGCUGUGACUGCUAAUUCUGGUGCGGAGGUUGUAAAUGCAGAAGUAGAAUAUAUUGAAUCUGAGAACUUGAAUGAUGUAGACGAUAUUGAUACUUGUCUCAAGACCCUAUUAGCUGGACUUGACUCAAAGGACUGGGUCCUGGUUUGUGACACACUGAAUAACGUACGUCGAUUGUCUAUAUUUCAUAAGGAAGCAAUGCUUGAUAUGCUGGGGGAUGUGAUCACAUCUAUUGCAAAGUCACUGAAAAGUCCUAGAAGUGCUGUUUGCAAAACUGCCAUUAUGACAUCUGCAGACAUUUUCAGUGCAUAUAAUGAUCUUAUAAUAGAUUCAUUGGACCCUCUGCUAGUACAACUUCUUCUCAAGUCUUCACAAGACAAACGCUUUGUAUGUGAGGCAGCUGAAAAAGCCUUGAUAUCAAUGACUAUUUGGAUUUCCCCUAUUUCUUUAUUGCCAAAAUUGCAACCAUACCUUAAGAACAAGAAUCCUCGUAUCCGUGCAAAGGCAUCAAUGUGCUUUUCUCGGAGUGUUCCUCAGCUGGGUGCAGAAGGCAUAAAGACAUAUGGGAUUGACAAAUUGAUCCAAGUAGCUGCAUCUCAGUUGAGUGACCAGCUCCCAGAGUCCAGGGAAGCGGCCCGAACUCUACUUCUCGAGCUUCAAAAUGUGUAUGAGAAAUCUCAUGAUCUCAUCAAGCCAGCUACUCCUACUGUCAAUAAUGAGCAUACUGUGAAUGAGGAGAAUCCAGAGGUGAGUUCUUGGGAAAGCUUCUGUCAGUCAAAACUUUCUCCUCUUAGUGCUCAAGCUGUACUUCGUGUAACCACCAGUAUCGCUCGGGAGGGUCUUGUUUCAUGACACGCACAUUAAACCUCACUUUGCGGCUUUCAUCAUUUCCUUGUUUGCUUAUCAUUUUCUUCUGUAAAUACAGUGCGACAAUUGAGAUGAUUGAGUUGAGUUGUCGUCGAAGCACGUAUUGAGCCCAAGAUUUAUAAUGUGUAUUCUAUUAUUUUCCCCCUAGCUGUUGUUACCUAUAUUACUUUUGAUUAAUACUACUACUACUACUAGAUAAUGGACCGGGAAAAAUUAUGAGUAUAAUCUUUGGUCUUGUAACUGUUUUUGGAUGAUUAUGGUUACACUAAGUCCAUUUUUUUUAAUGAAAAGUAGUAAAUUCCAAA